UGUAAGAAGAAGUAAAGUUCAAAAUUGGAAUUUUUUUAUUGUGAAAGUAUCUUUAGAGCUAGAAAAAUUAUAUUAAAUCCUUCUUCAAUUACCAUCAAAGUGAAAUAUAGAUGAUGUAUAAAAUACUGUUUCUGAGUUACUUGUUGUGUCACGGGUUUAUUGGUCUGCAAGCGAUGGAUCCCGCUUGUUUUAAAUUAACUUGGUACAGGGAUCUAAAGGAUAAAUCUAAAAAUACAUGCGAGAAAGCUCCAAGUUAUCGGCUAGUUUGUGAGGACCCUAUAAUAAUAACUGACAAUGAUGAGCCCCCAGAUACAGAUGAUUUAUGGGAUGCUUAUAAACAUAAUCGAGGUUCAAUUUCGUGUCCCAUGACGUCUGGUAUGACAUGUACUAAAAGUACAAUUUAUAAAAACGAAGAAGCACAAGUAAUCAUAUACGGCUGUGGCAUUGAUCACAACGAAAAACUUGAUAAAGAAACCGGCUGUUACAAAGGCAACUUCGGUGCGGGUGCAGUAGCAGAAGUAUGUCCUUGUGAUUCCGAGGUAGGCAAGACACCUUGCAAUUAUGCGUUCUCGAUCCUUAAGGCUGGUGAGUGCAAAUGGAGUGCCAUGCUAACGUGUCUUAUCGUAACCAAUGUACUUUACCGUAUUUUCAUCAUAAUCUGACAGAUUAGAAGUAAAUGCAAAUGAAAAACUCAGUUUAAAUUUUUG